AUGGUUGACGAAAUAGGUCGGAGAUUGUCAUCUUUUGCUGCUGAAAACAUGUCGUUUCCCUUUUCUUUCAAGGCAGUGGUGUCAGAAAUGAAGGACCUCAGUAAAGAUCUCUUUAAGUUAGAUACUAAUGAAGUUGUGGCAGUUUAUUCAGAGUAUCGUCUUGGGGGCAUGUUAGCAUGCCCCAAUCACCUGGAAGCUGUUCUAAGAUUACUUAAGAGCCUUAAUCCUUGUGUUAUGGUUGUCAUUGGCAUUGAGGCAAAUACUAACGUGCCAAUCUUUAUGGACCGUUUUAAUGAAACACGGUUUCUGUUUGCUGCACUUUUUGAUUGUUUGGAGGUUUGUAUGGGACGAGACAAUCAAUACAGGAUGACAUUUGAAAGAUUUUUUAUGAGGAAGUCCAUUCAAAAUAUUAUUACUUGUGAAGGAGAAGAGAGGACAUUCCGCAAUGUCAAGCUUGAAGUUUGGAGACCCAUGUUUGAAAAGUUUGGUAUGAAGGAAACAGAAUUGGGCGAAUCAUCCUUGUGCCAGGCAAAUCUAAUGGACAAUAGGUCUGCUCAUGAUUUUUGCACUAUGGAUAUGGAUGGAAAGGGCCUUAUUAUAAAAUGGAAAGGAGCUCCAAUUAUAUUUGCUUCAGCCUGCAAGUUUCAUCAUGAUUGA